AUGCGACUUGUAUGGAUUUUAAAUGUCGGCAUCUUUGCCUUCAUUUCGAGAUUGGUUACUAGUCAAACAUGUGGACCACGUCUACGCAAAGAUUGGGACAUGCUGACUGCGAGUGAAAAGAGCACAUAUCGAGGUGCUAUUGCUGCUGCAAUGAACUCGGGAGCGUACAUUAAAUUUGUUGAAAUGCAUACUGAAAUGAUGUCAGAGCGAGAAGCACAUCGACAAUGUAUGUUCAUCUACUGGCAUCGAUUAUUGCUUGUGGCGUUUGAAAAUAUGCUACGUGGUCAAGGUCCAGCAUUUGCUUGUGUCACGGUACCUUACUUCAAUUGGGUUGCCGGUAGUUCACGAGCUACUUCAGGAGCUUGUACAUCUGUGGGUUCUUGUCUUGCAAUCGCUCGUGAAUUGGGUGGAUGGACAAGCGGCGUACAACGUACGAUAUCCAUAAACGGGGUCAUCAACUCCGGACGCUGUAUUAACGUCUCACCUUUGGAUCAAUUCUGUCAAUCUUCGUCAUCCACGGGUACUACUUGUGCCAGAUGUGUUCCUCGUAGUGAUUGGGGUACUGUCCGUAUACCUUCAUCGGCGGGAUACGCAGCAGUGCGUAAUCAGGUCUUCAGUGGUAUAAACAUUGGUCAAAUGUCGCCAUUGAUUGAACAAGGUUGUCACAAUAAUAUUCAUGCGAAUCUUGCAAGUACGAUGGGUACAUUUGCUGCUCCAGCUGAUCCAGCCUUUUGGUCCCAUCAUGCUAUGGUUGACUUGCUACAUGUGAUUUUCCACAAAUGUCGUGUGGGGACAGCUCGAUUGACAUUUGCGCAAAAAGCUUCGCAUCCCGUGGCUUGGACAUCUUGUGCACGUCGUGAUUCGAACAUUCCAUUUCAACCAACAGAUGUCGUGACAAUGCGAACAGGUGAAAGGGGUAUCAAUCCUAUUAGUGCACUAUCUGAUCCUCUCGUCGGUCGAUACUUUGCGGGAGUACCGAACCAAUUCGCUGGUUUAAUGGAUACGCGUGACUUAGGCACGAGCAGUUAUGGUUACAGUAUCAGUGGCCAAGUAGCGACUAUGUAUACCCAAUGUGACUCAUCUCCAACAUCGCGAAGACUAAGAGAAACCAACACAACAACACCAAAACCCAAAAUGUGCGGUAUGGCUGAUGAAAGCAUUGAUUAUGCGUCCCAAAACAACUUUCCAGAAACUGACUAUACGGGUGUUGAUGAUGGCCAUCAAGAUGUUGUGAUUGUUGGUUGUAAAACGGGCAAACCGGUGGAUGAGAACACCCCUAAAGAAGAUUAUAUUUCGGAUCCUGCUGAGUUAAAAGUUGUCAAUUGGUACGAUCAAACAGUAGAAGCCAUGGGUGGUGAUACACAAGAGAAUAUGGACGAUUUGGAACGGCAAGCGUGCAUGUUUGAGCAUAUUUGCUUGGGUGGUACAAAGGACUAUACACCAGAGUUUAAGGCCAUGUGGAAACCAAAAGAACCGCGGUGUAAGGCUAUUGUUGACGCUGUCAUCAAUGGUUCACAGUCAAUUCAAUACGAAGCUUGGCUUGAGGACAUGGAGUCUGUCUUUGGUUGCCCAGAGCCGACCAAAACAAACACGACGGGUUCCUGGAGUUCUUCAGGAAGUUUUGACGACAGUUUGGACUCUGCGAACGACACAAUUCAUUUUCCAGAUGUCUUGGAGCCGGGCAGCGUCACGACUUGGGAUGAUUAG